AAAUCGGACAGCUAUCUGAAAGUACUUGGUGCCACAUUACUGACAUUGGAUGCGGUAGGAUGGUUUGGGUCGGCAGAGUUUGUUGUCGAAAGUAUGGUAACUUUGUGGACAAUUUGCGGCUCUAUGUGAGGGGUGGCAGUGGCGGGAUGGGGUUGCCCCGUCUGGGGGGUCAGGGUGGAGAUGGAGGGGAUGUGUGGGUGGUGGCCAAAAAAGAUAUCACCUUGAAAAGGAUCAAGGACAAAUAUCCACACAAACGCUUCAUAGCAGGCGUGGGAUCCAACAGCAGUGUCCGUGCGCUGAAAGGAGCUAAAGGAGAGGAUGCCUAUGUCUUUGCACCCUCAGGGAUCUCCGUCACCACAGACAGCGGAAGAGUCAUCGGAGAGCUGAACUCUGAAGGAGACAAGGUUUUGGUGGCCAGGGGUGGUCAUGGUGGGUCUUUUCAUUCUGGGUUCUUGCCCAGUAAGGGUCAGACCAGGCAGAUUCGACUGGACCUUAAACUCAUCGCAGACCUGGGUCUAGUAGGGUUCCCAAAUGCUGGUAAAUCAUCUCUGUUGACAGCACUGUCUCAUGCCAAGCCACAGAUUGGCAGUUACCCCUUCACCACUCUGAGGCCAGAGAUUGGAAAAAUCAUGUAUGAAGAUCACAGACAGAUUUCGGUCGCAGACUUACCUGGUUUGAUUGAAGGAGCUCAUGUAAACAAAGGGAUGGGCCACAAAUUCCUCAAACACGUGGAGAGAACCAGGCAGCUCAUGCUCGUGGUCGAUGUCUGUGGUUUUCAGUUAGCCGGUAACACACCGUUUCGUUCUGCGUUUGAGGCCGUCCAGCUUUUAACCAAGGAGCUGGAGUUGUAUAAGGAGGAGCUGCUGAGCAAGCCGGCCAUAUUGGUGAUCAACAAAAUGGACCUGCCAGAGGCAGAGGACAGACUCAGGGAACUGGAGGAACAGCUUCACAACCAGGAGGAGUUCUGUCAUCUUCUUCCACGGGACAGUGUGCCAAAGACCUUCCUGCAUUUCACACACACCGUCCCGGUCUCUGCUUCCACCGGCUACGGCAUACAGCACCUCAAACAACUCAUCCGCCAGUCACUGGAGGAGCAUGAAACCAUGGCGACGGAGGCUCAGACCAAGGAGAGGCUUAAGGAGUUGAGGAGGGACGUCCCGGUCACAGCCAAACCCGUCUGGGGCGUCCCUUCUCCGGCUUGAAGGCCCAGAGAGAACUCCUGACCCAGAGCUGGUGGACCGGAGGCGGUCAAAAUAGAAAACCAAAGGAUGCUCUUCAGAUAUGAUUUAAACAGAGCAUGUUGACCGUAAACAGAGAUAAAUGGUCUGACCGUA